AUGCGCUUCUUCUCCGUCGUUCUGCUGAGCACAUUGCUCACGCUCGUCAAUUGUCAAGCGGACAAGAUCAUCGCGGCCCUCAACAGCACGCAAGCAGCAGUGCAAACCCUGGAUACCAUGGUCGCAGCAUUCAAUGGCGAUCUUCUAGAAGCAGUCAAGAUCCUGCAGCAAGCAUAUGUCAUCGGAAAACAAGUUGAGAAUACGACCGAGAUUGUUGAAGCUUCGCCCACACUCACCGACGAUACGUCUCUGAAGGUUGCGACUUCCGUCCUCGGUCUAGUACCAGUCGUGGAGUCUCUGCUCAAAAAGAUCCAAGCCAAGAAGCCUGCGUUUCAAUCAAUAGUAAUCGGACUGUUUGAUGUCACUGGCCUGGUCACAACAACUUUGACAAAGCAGAAGACGUCAACACUCGCACUCGGCCACAGCAUUGUCACGAAGCUGACUGGCGCGUUCAAGACGGCGGCGCCUGCUAUUAUCGACCAGCUGGAGGCCGACUUCGAUCGAGUGAUAGCUGAUUAUGGGUCGUCGUAA